UUGUUGAUUGUUUGAAAAUGUCUUAUGUUUCAUUUACAUUGAAGUGGGUGGAGUGACGCAAAAUUGCAGAUCAUCAUCCACGCAAAAUUGUUGAUUGUUGAUUUAGAACUCCAAACCCACUCACAAAUCCUCCCCCACCAGCCCCCGCCUCCCCCGCCGCGCCCGCGCAGCCCCAAUUCCCCCUCUCCGCCGCCGAUCUCCUCCUCCUACUACCCCUCCGCGCCGCACAUGCUGCUCGCCCUCUCCGCAGGCAUCUCCGGCCCCCCUGAGAACGCCCCUCCCAUUUCCUCUUCCCCCGCCUCGGGCGCCAACGGGCGGAAACGGUUCCGUACCAAAUUCAGCCAAGGGCAGAAGAAGAAGAUGUUCGAAUUCGCGGAGAGAGUUGGGUGGAAGAUGCAGAAGCGAGACGAAGAGCUAGUGGCGGAGUUCUGCAAUGAAGUUGGGGUCGACAAAGGAGUUCUAAAGGUGUGGAUGCAUAACAACAAGAACACCUUCGGCAAACGAGACGUCAAUGGCAGCAGAACCAGUCUCGACGAGAACAACGAGAACAACGAGAACACCCCUCACACCAUGGAAACCAUCCACCAUACCCCAACUCACAACCACACCAACCCCUAAAAGUAAAAUAUUUUCUAAUUAUUAGCCUCCUAAAAAUUAUAUGAAACAUCUAGACCAUAAAGUUGUAAAUUUGUUGAUUGUUUGAAAAACAAAAAGGAAGCAUUAUAUUUUUAUUAAGUGAUAAUAAUUUGUUGUAAAGUUGUGAAUU